UCUUUUCACCAUGUCUGAUAAGUGCUUUAAAAUAAGAACCAAUACUUUACCAUAAUCGCGUCGGUUGCAUUAUGCUUAACCAGUAGCCCGACGUUUUGCAAAGUGCAUCGGACCUUUGGAAAUCCCUGUGAAAUACAGCAGACAUUUCAGCGCCCAAAGAGAAGGGGAAGUUAGCGUACUGUAGCUUAUAGCCACUUCAGUUGUGAACGUAUUGCUAAUUGAUAACUUUAUCUUCUGUAGGGAUCAUUUGCAUUUGUACAUAAUAUGCCCAAAGUGCAUUUAUUACAAUCUUGGCUGCAUAUCGGCUAUUGCAUUAUUUCCUGCUCAGUGCAAAGCCGUGCACUUCUUCAUUGCACGGCUGCACAGUCCCUCACAGAAGUCCCACCCUCUUUCAACAGCAAUCGUCUCAAGACCAUUUAGCCUACCCGAUCCGUGGAUUUUAUUGUGAAAAUACGGGCUGGGCGAACGAGGCGUAUGUUUUCUGUUUGGGUGUAUUUUAGGUUUGUGUAGUAGGCUGCAAGAAAGCUACAGUUCCCGACACAGGUAGUGGACGGAAUCGCGCAUAUAGUUCACAACCUUGUAUAACGUUCAACCUCUUCUUUUAUCAAUUUACUGAUUCUACCGUCUGGGCCUGUAUUAUUUUCUGUGCUUUCAGUUAAACUGUGAAAAUGUACCAAACUGUUAGGAGAUUUGUGUUGACUGAUUCACACUGUUGGGAUGCCGAGAGCAAAAGGUCGUACGAGGAUCUUUUUGUGAAGCUGGAUACCAAUAAAGAUGGAAAAGUGGACGUCGCUGAACUGAGAGCGGGCCUAAAAGCUAUGGGAAUAUCUUUUCGCAAAGGUGCAGUGCAGAAAAUAGUGUCAUCAUGGGACAAAAAUAAGGACGGUAGCCUUGACUUUCAAGAGUUCUCCAGGUAUCUGAAGGAACACGAGAAGAAGCUGCGGCUGACAUUCAAGAGUCUUGACAUAAACAAUGAUGGUCGUAUUGACUCUUCAGAAAUCCAACAGAGCUUGGCAGAGCUCGGGGUGGACAUUACCAAGGAGGACGCUCGGAAGAUCCUGCAAAGCAUUGACGUGGACGGCACCAUGACCGUGGACUGGAACGAGUGGCGUGAGCACUUCCUGUUCAACCCAGCAACCAACAUCCAGGAGAUCAUCCGCUACUGGAAGCACUCCUCAGUCCUGGAUAUUGGCGACAGCUUGGCCAUCCCUGAUGAGUUUACAGAGGAGGAGAAGACCACUGACUUUUGGUGGAAGCAGCUAAUUGCUGGUGCCAUGGCAGGGGCGGUGUCACGCACAGGCACUGCCCCCUUGGACAGGAUGAAAGUGUUCAUGCAGGUUCACGCUUCUAAAUCCCAAAAUAUCAACUUGGUAGGGGGCUUCAAGCAAAUGAUCGGGGAAGGAGGGGUGACAUCACUGUGGCGGGGGAAUGGAGUCAACGUCCUGAAGAUAGCACCAGAGACUGCCAUCAAGUUUAUGGCCUAUGAGCAGUAUAAGAAGUACUUUUCAUCAGAAGAUGGGACUGUCAAGACCCAUCAGAGGUUUAUAGCUGGGUCUCUGGCCGGGGCCACAGCGCAGACUGCCAUCUACCCCAUGGAGGUAAUGAAGACCAGACUAACUCUUCGGAAGACGGGCCAGUAUUCUGGAAUGCUCGAUUGUGGCAAGAAGAUUCUAAAGAAGGAGGGGGUCAAGGCCUUUUAUAAAGGCUACAUCCCCAAUAUACUAGGAAUUAUUCCCUAUGCUGGAAUCGACCUGGCAGUUUAUGAGAGUCUGAAAAAUGCCUGGUUAUCGCGAUAUGCCAAAGACAGUGCCAACCCUGGCAUCCUUGUCCUUCUGGGCUGUGGCACAAUAUCGAGCACCUGCGGGCAGCUGGCAAGUUACCCUCUCGCCCUGGUCAGAACCCGCAUGCAGGCACAAGCAUCUGUGCAAAGGCUUGAGCAGCUGACCAUGAGCCAGCUGUUCACGAACAUUGUGACCAAAGAAGGGUUUUUUGGACUGUACCGGGGGAUUCUCCCAAAUUUCAUGAAGGUGAUCCCCGCUGUCAGCAUCAGUUACGUGGUGUAUGAGUACAUGAAAACAGGCCUUGGAAUCUCCAAGUAGGAGCCUCAACCGUUUACUGGCUUGGUUAAAGCCCCUACAACACCUAAAUAGCCACCUGUACUGGACAGUGCAAGCUGCAGAAAUGGACAUUUUGAAAGUAUGUGUCGUUCAAUGUUCAAUGAAGGUGCUUUGUAGACUUGGGAUGUAAAUAUUUUAAGGUAUUUAACAUAUCCGGAAUUUGACACAUUUGUGGACUAUAAACAGCUUUGUCACAGCAAUAUCAUUCAGAAUUGUGGCAUUCUGAAACCAAUGUCAUUUGCACACUUGUGUUUUUACAUUUGAACCAUACACUAAGUAGAAUGUGCCUUAUGCUCUGUUCAGAUUUAUUUUCACCCAUGUUUUUUCUCUACAAAAGACUGUCAGUUGAGUACUGUAUAUGUGACACAUUAGGUCAAUUUGUGCAUGCUAAUGUGGUUUGAAUUGUAAUGUGCAUAAGACUGUUCAGGGGUUUCUGCUCUGCUUCCACAAGGCACAGUAGCAGUAAUCUGGCAUGUCUAAUGACUACUUAUUUAUCGAAGGCCUGCGUUUUGUCUUUAACUUUAAGCUCUGUUCAGUGAGAGCGACAAUGUUGUAUGAGAGAAAUAAUGCUUGCUUCGAUUGUUAUGGGUACAUUGCAUUGUGGUGAGGAUACUAAGCCUUCCUCACCCCUCCUCUAGUUGUUGAUUUAAAAAAAUGUGAAUCUUGAGCUCUCAGGUGGUGUAUCAAGUGGAAGCACUGGUCAUGUCCCAGAAUGUGGGUGAAUACUGAUCCUGCAUGGGACAGAUGCAUAACCCUUACAAAAAAACUAAUGUGUUCAAAAACUGCGUGAGCACCCAACAUGUGAAGAGUACCUGUGAACGAUAAAAAUAAUCUCACUUCUUAGAUGAGUGGAAAAGGGUAACCUAUACAAUUUUAAGUUACAAGUUUUGUUUUCUCACGUUAAAACUGUAGUUCACAUUUUAAGCCUGCAACAUGUGAAGUUGCAAAGGACUAAAUGGGACACAUUCUCAUUUCACAUGUAAAGCCAAUCGCAUGUGAAAUGUCUAGUUCACGUGUCAUAUUUUAUUUCAUGUGCGAAAAGGUACAUGUCAUACAUUAUUUUUUUUGUAAAGGAAGACGAACCAAAAUAAACAGUGGCUGGCUGGA